GUGGCCCGGUGGCCAUGGCACCCUGGCUGCCCACCAAGGAGAAGUAUGGCGUGGCCGUGUGGAACUUCCCGCGCACCAAGGAGCAUCACCUCCCGCUGCAGAUCGGGGAGAUGGUGCACAUCCUGCAGGCCUCCGAGGGCUGGUACUGCGGGUACUCGCUCCGGAACAGGACUGCCCGGGGCAUCUUCCCAGCCUCGCUGAUCCGGCUGAAGGGCACUGUGGUGGAGCAGCGGGGGGUGGAGGAGAGCGUGGAGGAGAGCACCCCUAUGGUCCAGGAGAUCACCACCACGCUGCGGGAGUGGGCCACUAUCUGGAAACAGCUCUAUGUGGCCGGGCAGACGGAGCGGUACGGGCAGGUGAAGCGGAUGAUGCAGGAGCUGAUGGAGCUGCGCUCGCAGCUGCUGUCGGGGACACUGCCCAAGGACCAGCUCCUGCGGCUCAGGAAGGAGGUGACCGGCAAGAUGGACUACGGCAACAAGAUCCUCGCGCUGGACCUGGUGGUGCGGGAUGAGGACGAGAACAUCCUGGACCCCGACAGGACCAGCGUCAUCAGCCUCUUCCAGGCGCACAGGAGGGCGGCACAAACCCUCACCCAGCGCAUCCAGGAGGAGACGAGCCCGCAGCAGACAGCACCAGGCCACGGCACCCACGCUGCUGCUUCGCCCUCCCACAACCUCUACCUUUGCGUCCGCAAUUUCGUCUGCCACAUCGGGGAGGAGGCGCAGCUCUUCAUGGCCCUGUACGACCCCGGCGAGCAGCGCAUCAUCAGCGAGAACUACGUGAUCCGCUGGGCCAGCACCGGGGUCCCCCAGGACAUCGAGCUGCUCAACAACCUCAAGGUCGUGUUCACGGACUUGGGCAGCACGGACCUGAAGCGGGAGCGGCUGUUCCUGGUGUGCCAGAUCAUCCGGGUGGGGCGCAUGGACCUGCGGGACAGCCACAGCCGCAAGCUCAGCACGGGCCUGCGCCGGCCCUUCGGCAUCUCAGUGAUGGACAUCACCGACAUCACCAAGGGGACGUGUGACAGCGACGAGGACAAGCAGCACUUCAUCCCCGUCCACCUAGUGGCUGCUGAUGGUGAUUUCCUUCACAAUAUGAUCAGGAAGGUGGUGGAGGGGAAGGACAUCAACCACAAGGGACAAGGGCUCUGGGUGUCCCUGAAGAUGCUGUGGGGAGACCUGAGCCAGGUGAGGAAGGACCACCCACACCUGGUGGACCGCAGCACGGCAGUGGCUCGCAAGCUGGGUUACCCAGAGGUCAUUAUGCCAGGUGAUGUCAGGAACGACAUCUACCUGACACUGGUGCAGGGUGAGUUCGACAAGGGCAACAAGAAGACGCAGAAGAACGUGGAGGUGACCGUGUGUGUCUGUGAUGAGGCAGGAAAUGUGGUACAGAACGUGAUCCAUGCAGGAGCAGGGGACAGCCCCACCAGCCACUACCGCUCUGUUGUCUACUACCAGCAGCGACACCAGCGCUGGAUGGAGACUCUGAAGAUUGCCGUUCCCAUCGAGGAUGUCCACAGGACGCACCUGAGGUUCACCUUCCGCCACCGCUCCUCCAGCGACUCCAAGGACCGCAGUGAGCGGAUUUUCUCCAUGGCCUUUGUGAGGCUGAUGCGCCCUGAUGGCACCACUCUGCGGGAUGGGGAGCAUGACCUGGUGCUGUACAAGGGUGACAGCAAGAAGCUGGAGGACGCCAGCGCGUACCUGUCCCUGCCCUCGGAGCGGAACCUGUCGGAGCCAAAGCUCCUCUCUGGCUCCUCCUUCCGUGUGAGCGGGACCACGACGGGUUUAGCCGUGUCCACCCGGGACAGCUUCCAAAUCUCCACGCUCGUCUGCUCCACCAAGCUGACCCAGAAUGUGAACCUGCUGGGGCUGCUGAAGUGGCGCUCCAAGCCCAGCCUGCUCUGUGGGAACCUCCAGAAGCUGAUGAACGUGGAUGGAGGGGAGGUCAUCAAGUUCCUGCAGGACACACUGGAUGCCCUGUUCUCCAUCAUGAUGGAGCACUCAGAGACAGAUGUCUAUGACACCCUUGUGUUUGAUGCCCUGGUUUUCAUUGUCAGGCUGGUGGCUGACAGAAAAUUCCAGCAUUUCAACACCGUCCUGGAGGCCUACAUCCGCCAGCACUUCAGCGCCACGCUCGCCUACAAGAAGUUGCUGUCGGUGCUGACGCAGUACGUGGAGCAGGCAGGGCGGGGGGAGCCCUGUGAGUCCCUCCCAGGCACCUUCAAGGCCCUGGAGUACAUCUUCAAAUUCAUCGUCCGCUCCCGGCGCCUCUUCGCCCAGCUCUACGAGGGCAAGGAGGUGGCCGAGUUCCAGUGCUCCCUGCAGCGGUUCUUCCUCGCCCUCAACCAGCUGAUGGAGUCCCCCUUGGAGGGUCCCACACUGCUCUCCCAGGGAGCAGCCCUGAAAUAUCUGCCCUCCAUCCUCGAGGACGUGUUUGGGAUCUUUGACUCCUCUGCUCUGGGGGCUGUACUGCGGGACUUUGUGGGGAACCUGGUGCCCCAGCGCCUGCUGAAGCAGAAGCUGCAGUCCCUGACUCACAUUGCCAGCAGCAAAGCCUUCCAGUCCCACGAGUGCCGGGAGCUGGUGUUGCACGUGGCCCUGCCCAUCCUGCAGGAGCUGAUCCAGGCAGGUGAGGAGGAGGAGGCCUGCAUCGAGCUGCUCAGCAGCAUCCUGGAAGUGCUGUACCAGGCCCAGAAGAGUGCAGAGAAUCUGCGAGCACGGCACAAGGACCGUGGGGAUGUGGAACUGGCACAGGUGAAGAAGCACAUCCAGGUGAUCCUGGAGCAGCUGCUCCACACAGUCAAUCGCAGGGUGAUCGUCCUGGACCGGGAGAACCCGCUGAGGAGCCACUACGUGGCCUGCAUGGCCACCAUCCUGAGCCAGAUGGACAAGGACCACUACAGCACCUACAUCCAGGCAUUCCCCUCCCGGCCUGAGCUGAUGGACUUCCUCAUGGAGACUUUUAUCCUUUUCAAAGACCUGAUUGGGAAGACAGUGUAUCCCAGUGACUGGGUGGUGAUGAACAUGGUGCAGAACCGGGAGUUCCUGCGUGCCAUCAACCACUUUGCCACCACCUUAACCGAGAUGUUCCUGAGCGACAGCGACUUCGAGCUGCAGCUUUGGAACAACUAUUUCCACCUGGCCGUGGCUUUCCUCACCCAGGACUCCCUGCAGCUGGAGAACUUCUCCCCGGCCAAACGCAACAGUAUCCUGGCCAAGUACGGGGACAUGAGAGCCACGAUCGGAGCAUCCAUCCGGGACAUGUGGUACAGCCUCGGCCAGCGCAAGAUCGAGUUUAUCCCGGGUAUGGUGGGUCCCAUCCUGGAGAUGACGCUGGUGCCGGAGCUGGAGCUGCGCAAAUCCACCAUCCCCAUCUUCUUCGACAUGAUGCUCUGCGAGCACCGGCUCACCGGGAGCUUCAGCCGGUUUGAGGAUGAGAUCCUGCGCAGGCUGGACAGCGAGGUGGAGGGCGGCCGGGGGGACGAGCAGUACAUGCAGCUUUUCAAGAGCAUCCUGCUGAGCUGCUGCCAGAGCCACCCGGAGCUGGCCAAGCCUGGAGAGGACUUUGUGAGGCUGAUGAGUGAACUCCUGGAGCGGCUCCUGGACUACCGGGCUGUCAUGAAUGAUGAGAACAAGACCUACAGCAUGAGCUGCACUGUCAACCUCCUGAACUUCUACAAGGAGAUUGACCGCCAGGCCAUGUACAUCAGGUACCUGUACAAGCUGAAGGACCUGCACAUCAGCUACGAGAACUACACAGAGGGAGCCUACACGCUGCUGCUGCACGCCCGGCUGCUCACGUGGUCAGAGGAGUCGAAUGCAGCCCCUGUGCCAGGCCCACACAGCAUCCACCUGCACACUCAGCGCCAGCUGAAGGAGGCUCUGUACAACCAGAUCAUCGAGUACUUCGACCAGGGCAAGAUGUGGGAAGAGGCCAUCCACAUCUGCAAGGAGCUGGCAGAGCAGUACGAGAGCCACCUGUUUGACUACGAAAUGCUGAGUGACAUCCUGCAACGAGAAGCCAAGUUCUAUGAGAAGAUCCUGAAGGUGCUGCGGCCCAGCCCAGACUAUUUUGCCGUGGGGUACUACGGGCAGGGCUUCCCCACCUUCCUGCGGAACAAGGUCUUCAUCUACCGGGGCAAGGAGUAUGAGCGGCGUGAGGACUUUGAGAUGCGGCUGCUGAGCCCCUUCCCCAAUGCUGAGAAGCUGAAGAGCACAUCUCCCCCUGGCCAGGCCAUCACCGACUCCCCAGGGCAGUACAUCCAGUGCUUCACCGUGCAGCCGGCAGAGGAAGCCAAGAUCCGCCUCAAGGGCCGGAGCAUCCCUGAGCAGAUCACCAACUUCUACAAAGCCAACCACAUCCAGCGCUUCAGCUAUUCACGGCCUUUCAAGAGGGGCCCGAACGAUCCCGACAAUGAAUUUGCAAACAUGUGGAUUGAGCGGACAACCUUCAGAACAGCCUAUCCCCUGCCUGGCAUCCUGCGCUGGUUUGUUGUCACCUCCACUGAAACGAUCAUCAUCUCCCCUCUGGAAAACGCCAUUGAGACCAUGAUGAAAACAAACGAGAAAAUAAUGAGUGAGAUCAACAGGCACCAGAAUGACCCCAGCCUGCCCAUCAACCCUCUCUCCAUGCUGCUCAAUGGCAUCGUGGACCCUGCAGUCAUGGGUGGCUUUGCCAAGUAUGAGAAGGCUUUUUUCCAGGAGCCCUACAUGCAGGAGCACCCUGAGGAUGCAGGGAACAUCGAGAAGCUGAAGGACCUGAUCGCCUGGCAGAUCCCACUGCUGGCAGAGGGCAUCCGGAUCCAUGGGCAGAAGGUGACAGACGACCUGCGGCCCUUCCACGAGCGCAUGGAGCAGUGCUUUGAGCAGCUGCGGGCCAAGGUGGAGAGUCAGUACGGGGUGCGUGAGAUGAUGUUCUUUGAGGACCGGCGGAGUGGCCGACCCCGGUCCAUAGCCUGGGUACCUGACUGGGACCAGCUGAGCCACGCUAGAGCCAGGCAAGUGCUGCACUGGGGAGUGCUGGUUGUCCCCUCUCAUCCCCUCAGCCCUCCCUGCUGA